AUGUCGUCGACAACACCACCGUGCAGCCAGAGUUCCGACCAAAAACGUCGCUCUUGGUCGAGUUUUCUAAAGAUGUAUUCACAUGGUAACGAUUCUCAGCUGGUGGCCACAUUCAAAGGCGAAUUAUCAUCUUUAACUGCUCCUCCAUUCAUCCUUUCGUCAACUUCUCUCGUCGAGUAUUCCGCCUACUGGGCCGGACAGCCUGCCCUGUUCGUUCAACCGGCCAAGGAAGCAGACAGCGAAAAACGUGCUCUACAGGUCCUCAAGUGGUUUCUCAGCACACUGCAUCAGCAAUACUGCAGCCGCAGUGAGAAGUUCGGGAGUGAGAGAAAGCCGCUGAAUCCGUUCCUAGGCGAGCUGUUCAUCGGAAAAUGGAAAAACGGUGAUUCGGAUGUGGGCGACACUUCUUUGAUAAGUGAACAAGUCAGCCAUCAUCCCCCGGCAACGGCAUUUGCGAUCAGAAAUGAGAACCACGGUGUUCAGUUGCAAGGAUAUAAUGCUCAGAAAGCUUCUUUCUUGGGCAGAAUCCAAAUACAGCAGAUCGGCCAUGCUUUGUACACUCUUACGCCGCCUGGGUCCAACGAGAAAGAGAUUUACCUUAUCACGCUACCAAGGCUACGUAUCAAAUCCCUCCUCUACGGCACUCCUUUUGUGGAGCUAGAGAGGAAAAGUAUGAUCGCCAGCAGUAGCGGCUAUAUUGCGGAGAUUGAUUAUUCGGGCAAGGGAUGGCUGAGCAGCAAGAAAAAUAGCUUCACUGCGAGCCUGUAUGAAGCCAGCGGAGGAAAGAAGAAGCCACUGUAUCUGGUAGACGGUCAGUGGUCAGAUUCUUUUUCAAUCAGCAAUCUUCGCACCAAGGAAGUCGUUGACAAAUAUGUGGUUCGUGAUUCCAAAACAACUCCGCUCACUUUGGCACCCAUUGAAAAACAAGAUCUUUAUGAGAGCCGCCGUGCUUGGAGCAAUGUUGCUGCCGGCAUCAGGCAGGGGGACAUGGAUGCUGUUUCUCGCGCUAAAUGGUGUAUUGAAAGUGCCCAGCGCGAACUACGCAGAGUCGAAAAGGCCGAAGGACGCGAAUGGGAGCGUCGCUUCUUUUAUCGCGUCGAUGAGAAGGACGAAGGUCCUGAAUUCCAAUAUCUUUCUCGAGUUCUAGAUCUAUCGAGCACUCUCGAUAGCGAAAAGAGCGGUGGAGUCUGGCGCUUCGACGCCGAAAGGGCUGCUGGCGCCCGUCCACCCUAUCACAAAACUGGUGGUAAGGGCCUGGGCAUUUCUGACGCGGAAACAAGCAAUCUCCAGAAUUUAGCAACAGGCCAUACGUUGAAUUUUGAUUAA